AUGACUUCUGAAUCCUCUUGGAUCUCAUUGUUCAUCCAGCAGGUGCUGCCAGUCUAUCUAGACCAGACCACGCAGGAUGAUGUUGAAGUGGAAGACGAUGGGUCCAGCAUAAGCUUCAGGCUCCGGAAUUACGGCCAUGGUCAUACAGCAACUGUUGCAGAGUGGGGUAUGGGCCCCUCGGACGACGAAGCAGUUUUGAAUGACGCGAAGCUUCGAAUCGAUGCCAUUAUUGCUCCUGAUCUACUACCCGUUUACUCAAUCGAUGCUACAACUGCACAGCCGAUUGCCACCAAUCCCAAAAAGUAUUCUAUCAGGCUUCUAGACUUCAAGCUAGUCGUCCCUCACAAAACGCGCCUACCCAACCCACACCUGUUUAUCAAUAAAUUUCAUAUCGAAUGGGAUAAGGGAACCAAGGGACUUGUCCCCAAGAAAAAACUUCAAAAUUACAGGGACGUCAGGGGUUUGCUAAACACUGUAUACGACAAGGCUAAAAGCCUACGCGGAGCUGUCCACUCAACGCCGAGAUCUUCUGCACCGCCACAGAACAAUGUCCAAGACAAUAUCUCGAAUCAACCCGCGGAAUCGCAGCAAAUCUCAUCACAGGUUCCUCUUGAUGUAAGUCGCUCUGUAUACGAAGCCAACACAAUUGUACCUCGCCCGUACGGGACAGAAGAGCUACUUAGGCGUCUUGGGCCUACAUCUCUCGCAGCUUCCGACAAGACUGUCAUUCAUGAUGUAAACGCGGAGGUAUUGCGCGGUGGUCACAUGGAUAAUGAUGUGAAUGCAACGCAGGGGAGUCCGUUGGCUCAAUCGCCCAAUCGAAACCACUCUCCGUCAACACCACGUCGAAACUCAAUAUGUUCACAAAUUGAAACUAGUCCAGAUGUGAGACAUGAUAAGACAGAGUUCAAAGACUUGUCACCUUCUCACAGUACCAUGCAACCUCCUCCGAAGAAGCGGCAACGGUCUGAACACGAUCAAGAUGGAAACAGGAUUCCCGGUCCGAGGGGCAACAGUCCGCCAUUGAAGAGGCAGCGUGUUGGAUCCACGACAGAGCUACACGCACAUGACUUGGAGAUUCAACAUCAAAAAUUGGCUGAGGAGACCGCGACCUUGUCUCAUUCUGAACUCACGGAGCCGAUUGCUACCAUCCAUGUGCCAUCGUCUCCUCAAAGGAGUGUGACUUCCCGACCAAGUCCCUGGGAAGGACCGAAUCAGAUCACAUCAAGUGAUUUUAUCAUUCCGAAAAACCAGCAAGAGCUUCUUGAGGAGGAUAAACUGUGCUGGAUACCGCCCUGCCCAAGAGAUCCCAUGCCCCAGGGGCAUGUGCCACCUUUGCUUCUAAGGCAAUGGAAUAAUGCCGUGAAACGACGGCAUCUUGAAUCAGGAAAUGCGACAGUUGAAAUUGAAGAACAUGAUAGUGACCCACAAGGACCCAUCACCUCAACACAGGAGAGCGACGCUUCAUCUAUCGCUAGUGACCCGUCUGAGAGCUUCCACUGGUCCCCAUCUCCUGAAAGGCCAUCUCGUGUUCAUCAAAAUGACCUGCCCCCAUCGAGCCCAGUACGUCGACUAGCCCCGAGAAAACAACGCAGUCUUGCUACCGGCACCGGUUACAAAAAUGUUUCCCCACAGCCACCCAAGAAUAACGCCGAAUUUCGAGACUUACCUCAGACUUGUGCUUCCGAUAACCCUGCUCAAUUCCCAGCGCAAACAACAACGCAAGAUAAGGCAAGAUCUAAGAGUCCUCUUGAUCCCAAAGCCGCUGCAAGCAAUGAAGGGGGCAAUCAACAACCUUUUUCCCAAUUGUCUGGUACUCCAGCGCCAAACCAAGAAACAACUAUGAAGUCACCGGUACCUUCCUCCAGACCAGAACCUAUUGCCCUGGCGCGGGAAGAAGAAGACUCAGAUGAGGAUUCUGUAAUGGACACGUCUGUGCCUUUUGCGCUAGGUGAAACAAUGCCAGAUCCCACGCAGUCCAGUCGAGUUGAAGAGGACUUGGUUAGCUCCGGUCCGUCGCUACCUGCUGUGAACGGAGAGUCGGUGCAGGUUGCAGUAACUCCAGUAGCAGGAAGUGACCGACUGCAUCUAAAUCCAAAUCAAGAGUCUAAUCAGGCUGGCCCCCUGGACUCAAAUCUAAUUUCUUCGCAAAUCCACGAAACCUCCUCUCAGUCUCGUAUCCUGGAUACGUAUCCAUUUAAUGCACGCCAUGAGCAGAGUCAGUCUUCUCACGAAGCCCCGACUCCCUCUAGACAGGGCCAAGAUACGUCAUUCAGGCUGGAUGUCCCUGUGACCCAGCUGCCAACUAGCAGCAUGGCCUCACUGUGGAGGUCUCAGUCACAACCUCAAAAUGCUGCAGAUAGUUCUCAGCCAGAUAUUGUACUUGAUUCCUCCGGGCCAGCCCAACGUCAGCAGGACUUUUACAUUUCUGCUACCCAAUCUUCUCCUAUUGCAUUGACAAGCGGUGCUGGACACACUGGAUCUCAAUUGAACGAGUCCACAAAACCAGAUCCUAUGAAGGCAGCCAAUGCCAUCAACGAGCCGAUGAGUUCUCCUCGGGUCCGAUCCUCUCCCGUCCCAACCCCCUUCGAGCCUCCGCAUCGAGACUCUGAUGACAUUGCCCAGGGAAUCGAAGGAAACGAUGUUCAAGCUAUUGACACUCAGACCUCUUCCUUGGUGGCUCGCCGGAGGGGCUUUGUCAACAAUACAGAGACGCAUGCUGAGGCUUGGGGGGUUUACAAAAGGUUUUGCAGUGAUUAUCCCUCAUAUUCUGGGAGUUUCGAUCAUUUCACAAAGCUGUGUGGUAUGCUGCUUGCCGUGAGAAAGCAGGGGAAACUUCACCGGUCCUUUUUGUGGGAUGACUUUGUUACUAUGCAUCUCACAAGCUACCCCCAAUAUCUUGAAAAUAACGGGUUACAGGAUGCGCUCAACUAUGAGGAUUAUUUCUUUGAUAAUUUCUCACGCCCUUCUCUCAGAAAGCGCAGUUUGACAGCUCGUGGAAUUGAAUUUGUAGCAUCGCAAUGCGCUCCUGGUGAAGCUAUCGAUAAUGCAAUUCCUGCAGUCCCAAGCAGUGAACAAUGCACGAUGCCAGGCCAAACUCCAAGCCCUGCUUUGAACAAGUCGUUUACUGGCAGCCUAGUGGAAAAGUUCGCAGGUCUCUAUGCUCGCUCCCAUGUCGUCUCUGAAGGUGGCCUUUCUUUGAAAUCCCCUGACGAUAAACGGCCUUCAAACCCCCCUUCUGUGGAAAUCAAACGCGAGGGGUCUGCAUCAGACCCUAUCGGGAUCGACAGCACUCAGACAGGCCCCCCUCCUUCAUCUGCUUUGGAACCACUUACACGUUGGUCUCCACAGGCGGCUGAGGCCCAUGGCCCAUCAUCAACUGCAUCAGCGGGAGCGGAAGUGGAAAAGGAGAAAGCAACGCAUAUGGAAGUGGAAAUGGAAGUUGAGGCUGCAGACGUCCAGAUGCAAGAAGACAUGGAAGAAGUUCCCGAAACGGACCCUGAGGACGUUGGUCAAGAUGAAGAUAGCUUUCAUGAAACUGCCAGUGUUGAGCUAGGCGACGAAACAUUUGUUUCCAGCAUGGAUCAACGCCGUCCUAGUCCAAGAGUCCAAGUAAUAAUACGCAAGAAUUAUGCUUCGUUCAGACCACGAACUCCGGAUGAGAAGCCGAGCGAAGCGAGAAAGCUCAAGCGAGAUAUAUUGGCAUGGCAAGCGUCAGCUACUACCGUUGAUGAAACGGCUCUCACCGCAAGUCAAUCAACUCCUGCCCAAGGAACCCCGGCUGGCCCAUCAUCUCGUGAGAGAAGACGAGAAAAGUCUCCAGCCGAGGAUACACGGGCUACGGCCGCUGAACCAAUCCCAGCUUCUCCGCAAAUUUGCGAGCCAGAAAGUGAGAAUGAAAACUGGUUUUCCUCACUUCGGCACAUCCGACCUAAAGGCCCUGUCUGGUCUGAUGGUCCAACGGAGUUCAAGCGUUGGGCAGAAGCAGACCAGAAUGUGUUGAGAGAGCGAAAACGUCGUGGAGGUACUAAGAUUCUUUUGGAUGAAAACGGUGUGAUUCGAAGGCCGAACCAGCGUUAA